CAUAUAAAGACCACAAGGAGGUAGGCUCACAAUUCUCCACAGCUGACAGGCUGCCUUUAGGAGUAGCUCCAGAGACUUCUGAAAGUCCCCACCACCAGCCGAGGUGCCUGGAGCUGACUUCAUCUCCUUACUUGUACAGGAAGCAGUCAGAGGACCACAGAGAGACUGUCUGGGAAAAUGGACUUGGACAUCCUACACAAGUUUCAGAAAGAACUCUCUUGUGCCAUCUGCCUCAACUACAUGAUGGACCCAGUCACCAUAGACUGUGGGCAUAGCUUUUGCAGGCCCUGUGUCUGUCUCACUUGGGAAGAAGCCAAAUCACCUGUCCUAUGCCCAGUGUGCAGAGAACCAGCACGAAAGGAAGACUUCAAAACCAAUGUUCAUUUGAAGAAUCUGGUUUCCAUUGCCAGACAAGCCAGCAUUCAGCACUCCCAGAACUCUGAGGAGGACAUGUGUGGCACCCACAAGGAGACCAGGAAGAUAUUCUGUGAAGAAGACAAGAGCCUGCUCUGUGUGCUCUGCUCUGACCCUCAGGAGCAUGCUGGUCACAGACACUGCGCCAUUGACCACGCUGCAGAGAACAGCAGGGAAAGCCUGGUAAAGCAAAUGAGAUCAUUAUGGAAACAGAUGCAAGAAAACCAGAGGAACCUGAAUGAGGAAAGCAUAAUACUCUCUGAGUGGACGUGGUAUGUGUCUCUGCAUAGACAAAAUACCAGAGUGUUUUAUGAGAUGCUGCAUCCAGAUCCACAUCAGGACGAAAAACAACACAUGGACACACUUCGAAAGCAACAGGAUAAGAUUUUCCAGCAACUUAAGAAAAGCAAAGCCAAAAUGGUUCUAAAAAGGAGACAAAUAAGAAAAAAAUAUAAAGAGCUGAUGAAAAUGUACCAUCAACCAGACGUGGAGCUGCUCCAGGAUUUGGAAGGCCUAUUGAAAAGGUGUGAGUCAUUGCAGCAACAGAUGCCCCAGCCUGUGCACCCAGAGCUCAGUGCCCAGUGCAUACCUGGCCUGAUAGACUGGCUCAGGCAGUUCCAAGUGGAAAUUUCCUUCCAGUAUGAGAGGACCAGCCAUUUCCUGCUUUUUUGCCACGUCAAAAAUUUAAUGUUUGGACAGGACCAUCAAGGCUCAAGGCUGAACUCUGACAGACAUGGCUAUUCUUCUGCCUGGGCAAAGCAGAACUUCUCCUGUGGGAAACACUACUGGGAGCUGGACGUGAAUGACUCUUGCGACUGGGUUCUAGGGGUCUGCAAGGAUCCUGGCAGCAAGAGCAAAGGCAUGCUGGUGGAAUCAGAGGGCUCAUUUCUUCUUCUUUGUAUGAAGGAGAAGAGAAGCUACAGACUCCUAACCAUUUCCCCUCUGUUUGCUCACUAUGUAGAGAAACCUAUGGGCAGAGUUGGUGUGUUCCUUGAUUUUGAGAGGGGAAGUGUGAGUUUUGUGGAUGUUGCUAGAAGCUCUCUCAUAUGGAGGUACCCCGAUGGCUCUCUCUAUUUCCCUGUCAGGCCUUUUAUUUUCACUCGGCACACGUGAGGAGGGAUCAUGCUGGGAUGUGAUAGUGUGACUCAGCUUA